UCACAACAUUAUUGUACUUAUGUUUAAGCAAAAGCUAAUAAAAUGCUAUGUUUAAAAUGUUUAUUUUUUAGAAUAUGUAUUUGAUUAAUUAUAUAUAAUGCACUUUUUAUUUAAUCUAAUUACUGUAAUUUUUAAUUUCUCAUAUUUUGAAAUCAUCCUUUUGAAAGCCGUUACUCCCUCUUCCUUCCUUUGAAGCUCCAUAGCCAAAACAUGGAGACAUUAGCUGCUGACGUCACUACCGUAGCUCGGAACAAAUGGGAUUUCAGAUGCAACUUGGAAGUAGAUUAUGCCUCUGAGGAAGUUGCUUGUAUGGUUUAUGCUGCUCUGGCAGUUGAUAAGGAGUUACAACCGGAUAAAGUGAAAAGGCAUAUGUCAGUUUCCAACGGGAAACUCUCUGUGGACUUUGAGGCGGUCGAAGCAAGAUUUCUUCGUGCAUCGUACAGUGCUUUUGUCGAUGUUCUUACACUUGCCACCAAGACAAUCGAAGAAUUUGGUCAGGGAUUGAUUCAGUGACAUUUUGAGAAGUGUAUUACUGUAUUAGAAUUUGGUCAUAGAUUUAGUGUCUCUCAUAAUACUAUUAUACUACUAUGUUAUUAGCAUCAAUUCAAAAUAAUUAAGAUUUUUAUAUUAACCAUA